UGGAUAGCUUUUGAAGUCUAUUUUCAUAUUUGAGUGGCCACAGUUCGAGAGGAGAGAGCAAUCAUCCAAAAAUCGAUCUGGAACGAGCAGAGGUCUGUGAACUCGAGCUGUGAGAGUGCUGAGACUGUUUGGUCGAUAUCUCGAGUUUCACCAAUCCAAUUAAGGCGUGUGAGAUACCAAAAGAAAGCUCUCAAGACGAGGAAUCCGUGAAGGUCUGGUUUGCAUCAAUCGGAGUAGAGGAAGGCUUCCAAAUCGUCCGAACAGAACGCGACCUCGCAGGAACGGAUUUACUCUUCUAAGAAACGAGUUGGCCGGAAAACACCCAUUCUAGGGGCUGUUUUCGUACCAACGUUUAGGGGUUGAGCUAGCACCUUGAAGAGGCUGUUUAACACUCAUAUUUGAGCAAGGAAUCAGUUCCAAAUCCACCUUGACCGAAGCUUUGACCAUUGGACCAAGAAGGGAAAGUUUAAAGCUCAAUUGAGGUUGAGGCUAGAGCUUGCUUCCUGUGCUCGUUGCUCGAGGGAUCAUCUAGGAGCGAAGACUUGGUUCGUGCUUCCUCCAUUCGGAUUUUAAACAUUAAUAAACAUGCUCAUGGAUAUCUUACUAUGGAGCCUGCGUGCUCAUGAAUAGCCCGGUGUGGCCUUUUUGUUUUAAACAAUGUUUUCCGCUGCAUUAUGAAUUACUUAUUAUGUUUGUUUAUGGAUGACUUUUGUGUGAAUGAUAUUCAUGACGCCUUGUAUAAUAUGAAUGUGUUGGACUGCGGUUGACUAUUCGUAUUGUACGGCGGGUUGUUGACGUGUCCGGGGAGGUCCGGGGCGUGACAAUUAAGUUGGUAUCAGAGCCUUAGUCCAUAAACUUCAUAAUGAAGUCUCAAAAUUCUCUUUUUGAAAAGAUUUUGAAAACCAUGAGCAUAGAAGUUUUGUACUUGGAGAGCUUUUGUUACUUGGGUUGCAAGGUCUCUAAUUGUUAAGAUGGUACCCUUAGCAAUUGGUAUGGCGGUGACUCGAGCCAAAAUGUGUCUUAAGUACCUAUCCGUCAAUUGACAUUUGAUACGAGUCUAACGACUCCUUCCAAAUUUCUUUCAGAAAUGGACCGUGGUGGCAGGAUUACUAGGAGAAACCCGACUGGCCGUGUACCAGUGGAGACUGGACAGGGCAGUCGAAGGACCUCUAGGGCAUCUAGAGGAGCUGGCCGUGGAGGCCGAUCACAGACCGUGAGUGACGGUCAUGUCGACACGGAAAGUGAAACCUACUGGUCCUAUGAGGACUCGACCUAUCGACCGGAAACUGAACCGGUUGAGACCCCUUAUGAAGGGGAUGAUGAUGAUGUAAGUGAUGAGGAGGAAAAUGGCUCCUUAGCACGGAUUGAAGCACUACUUCAACAGUACCACCGUGAGCGUGAGGAGAGGAGGGAACGCCGAAGGCGCCGGGCUGGGCAACCUUCGGGCGGGGCUUCAAGAGGGAGAAGCCAUGGCGACUCUAGGGCCCACACUGAACCACAUGGGGGUCGGGGUGAUGGAGGUCCAAUCAUAAGGAUCUCCAAAUACAUCAAAGAGGCACGAGACUUGGGGUGCAAACCGUUCGAUGGGACGGGUGACAUCUCCGUUUCGGCACAAUGGAUUAAGCGGCUGAAUGAGGCAGCCCUGGACAUGCAACUCACCCCCGAAUAUAAACUAAGGGUUGCGGUGAGAUUGCUUGAAGGUAUGGCAUCCAAGUGGUGGGAUGGGACCAAAGGCAAAUAUGGCGAGACUGUCACUUGGGAGGAUUUCCGACAGGAAUUCUUUGCCCAAUAUUACUCGGACUUUGAGGUGAACAAGAAAGUGAGGGAAUACACCCUUCUAACCCAAGGGGGUAACAUGACGGUGAGGGAACUUGAGUACAAGUUCAGGGAUCUUGCCGAUUACAUACCUGAGUAUGCUUGCGACGAGAACCGGAUGGUGAACCACUUCUGGGAUGCUCUAGACUUGGAGAUACGUGACAGGGCAACACAAUUGCCUAACAUGACGUUUGCCCAAGUGGUUGACCAAGGGUUGAAAGGAGAGAAGCAAUGGGAAGAAAGGAAGAAGAGAGACGCCGAGGAGGCGAAAAAGAGAAAGUGGGAGAGUCAUGGCUCCCAAGGUUCCAACAAAAAGGGGAACCACGGGGGAGGAUCUUUCCGGGCACCACCGCCACCAUAUAGGGGGAACCAAGGCCCGAGUGGGCAAGGCGCGAGGUCACAAACCUCAGUGGUAGCUCGUUGCAACAAUUGCAAGAAGAACCACUCCGGUAAAUGUCGCGACCCCCCUAGAUGUUUUCAAUGCGGGGAUGCCGGGCAUUUGAAGGCACAUUGUCCACAAUUGAGUGGGGCAAGGACAUCGGGACCAAGUAGUGGCCCGACGGGUACGCGGAAUCAACCCGGGGCUUCUCAAGCAAGCCGGGGACAUGGGGGAGCAAGUGCGAGCAACGCGCCAUCCGUGAACCAAGGGAGGACCCAGGCUAGGGUCUAUGCGAUGACGGAGGCGGAUGCUCAAGCUAACCCGGACUCCGUUGCAGGUAUUGCCUCUCAUAUACUAGUGUUUUAUCCUUAAUUAGUCCAUAAAUUGAGGAUACUAAUCGCUAGGAUCAUUGCACGAGGUUUUGGGGUCGAACCGGGGGAUUUCGGGCAACUUCAGGCGGCUGGGACCCAGGCACGAUCGUGCCUAAGGCAGACACGAUCGUGCCUCCAAGUCAGUAGCUGCCCAGGAAUAAUCCCAGCCCAGGCACGAUCGUGCCUAAGGCAGACACGAUCGUGCCUACAAGGCAGUAGCUGCCCAGGGUUUUUCUCCAAACCAGGCACGAUCGUGCCUAAGGCAGACACGAUCGUGCCUCCAAGUCAGUGGUUCCCAGGAUUUUUCCAACCCAGGCACGAUCGUGCCUAAGGCAGACACGAUCGUGCCUCCAAGGCAGUAGCCCCAGGGCGUUUUUCCUGAGCCAGGCACGAUCGUGCCUACCCCGGGCACGCCGUGCCUGGCACCCAGAUUGCCGAAACCCGGUUUUUUUCGCAUCGUUUUGCGACGUUAAGGCCUCUUCUUGAUCCCUAACGUGCGUGUGAACAUUGCAACCUUCUAUAAAUGAGUAGGGAGGGUAGGAAAGAUGUCUUACAUGGUUCAUGAAUGUAGGGACACUAAAGAUUAACGGGAAGGAUGCACGAAUCCUUAUCGAUACCGGAGCGCAACGUUCAUUCGUGAGUGAGGCGUUUGCCGAGAGCUUAGAGAUGCAAUCAAUACCAAUGACACAAACCUUAGUGGUAUCAACCCCACUAGGGGAAGACGUUGAAAGAAACAAUUACUAUCCAUCUUGUAUGGUGGAAAUCGGUGGCCAAACCUUGACGUGUGAUUUCGUACCGCUGAGUAUGAUGGAGUUCGAUGCAAUCCUAGGGAUGGAUUGGCUAGAAAAGCAUCAUGCUAGGGUAGAUUGCUACACAAAGGUGUUGGAACUCGAAGGCACACAGGGGGACACCCUACGCUUCGAGGGGGACCGCGGCAAAUCAAAUAGUUGUAUCAUAUCCGCCGUGAGAGCGAGAAAUAUGAUGAGGAAGGGAUGCCACGCAUAUCUAGCAUUCGUGGUUGACAAAACCAAAGAGGAAACGAACAUCGAUGAUGUGAGGGUGGUUUGUAAGUAUCCGGAUGUCUUCCCUAAAGACCUACCGGGGCUUCCACCUGACAGAGAGAUUGAAUUUGUGAUCGAGGUCGAGCCUGGUACCAAACCAAUCUCCAUACCGCCAUACCGGAUGGCACCCGCUGAACUUAACGAGUUGAAAACCCAAUUGCAAGAGCUUUUGGAUAACGGUUUCAUUAGACCAAGCCACUCCCCGUGGGGAGCACCGGUUCUUUUUGUGAAAAAGAAAGAUGGGACACUUCGAAUGUGCAUUGACUAUCGUCAACUGAACAAGGUCACAAUCAAGAAUAGGUAUCCGUUGCCUAGGAUUGAUGACUUGUUUGAUCAACUACGAGGAGCAACCGUGUUUUCGAAGAUUGACUUAAGGUCGGGGUACCAUCAAUUGAAGAUUAAGGAAGAUGACAUACCAAAGAGUGCUUUCCGCACAAGGUAUGGGCAUUUUGAGUUCCUUGUUAUGUCGUUUGGAUUAACAAACGCCCCGGCGGCAUUCAUGGACUUGAUGAACCGAGUAUUUCAUAAAUACUUGGAUCGAUUCGUGAUUGUGUUCAUAGAUGACAUCUUGAUUUACUCAAAGAGUGAAGAAGAGCAUGAGGAGCACUUGAUACUUGUUCUUGAAACACUACGGGAGAAGCAACUCUAUGCCAAAUUUUCUAAAUGUGAAUUUUGGCUCUGGAAAGCAUGCAAGCGGGGCCGGUGGAGGAUUUCAGGGAAAGAGAUGAUGGUCUCUUGUUAUUUCGUGACCGAGUGUGUGUACCGUCAGAUGAUGAGCUCCGAAAGUCCAUCUUAGAGGAGGCUCAUUCAUCGGCUUAUGCCAUGCACCCGGGGGGCACGAAAAUGUACCGUGAUUUGAAGGAAAGUUACUGGUGGUCUGGAAUGAAGAGGGAAAUAGCCGAGUACAUCAGUCGGUGCCUUACUUGUCAACAAGUUAAGGCAGAACAUCAGCACCCAGCAGGCUUAUUGCAACCACUCUCCAUCCCUGAAUGGAAGUGGGAGCACGUGACUAUGGAUUUCGUGGUAGGCUUACCACGGACUAUCAGGAACUAUGACGCGGUUUGGGUCGUUGUGGAUAGGCUCACAAAGAGUGCACACUUCUUGCCUAUCAACACUACCUAUCCACUUGAGAGGUUAGCCAAAUUGUAUACGGAUGAGAUCGUGAGGCUGCAUGGGGUCCCGGUGACCAUUGUAUCUGAUAGAGACCCACGAUUCACAUCACGUUUUUGGCCGAAAUUCCAGGAGUCUAUGGGAACGAAGUUGAAGUUCAGCACUGCUUUCCAUCCACAGACGGAUGGGCAGUCUGAAAGGGUUAUACAGAUCCUAGAAGACAUGCUGAGGGCUUGUGCAUUGGAGUUCCAGGGGAGUUGGGACAACCACUUAGCACUUGUGGAGUUUGCCUAUAACAACAGUUAUCAGGCAAGCAUCGGCAUGCCUCCAUACGAGGCAUUGUAUGGGAGGAGGUGCCGUACACCCUUAUGCUGGGACGAGGUUGGCAUGGCCAAACUCGAGGGUACUGAGUUGGUUGAGGUCACCAAAUCAAAGGUGAAGUUGAUUCGAGAGAGACUCAAAGCGGCUCAGGAUAGACAAAAGAGUUAUGCAGAUAAGCGUCGAAGAACCUUAGAGUUUAAGGUUGAUGACGAGGUAUUCUUGAAAGUUUCUCCUUGGAAAGGGAUCAUUCGGUUCCAAACCCGAGGAAAACUUAACCCACGAUAUAUAGGUCCAUUCAGAAUUAUAGAGAGGAUUGGGGCCGUUGCAUAUCGUCUACAGUUGACUCCUGAGUUAGAGAAGAUACAUAAUGUGUUUCAUGUAUCCAUGCUUAAGAAGUACGUGCAUGAUCCCUCUCACGUAUUGGAGAAGCCACCUGUAGAGGUACGUGAGGAUUUGAACUACGCUGUUCAACCUAUCAAGGUCACCGAUAGAAAGGUGAAGAAACUGAGGAACAAGGAAGUCCCAAUGGUUAAAGUCCUGUGGAAGAGCGAUCGGGUCGAAGAAGAGACAUGGGAAACAGAGGCUUUGAUGAGAAAGCAGUAUGCUUUCCUAUUCGAGUAGAGCUGUGAAUUUCGGGGACGAAAUUCCUGUUAAGGGGGGGUGAACUUGUGACACCGCACCCGAAUGUCCUUGGAAAUUUGAUUUGAAUAUUCAAAGCUUAUGUAUUGGAUUUCUGAUUCCCAAACAUUUUGUAAAACGAUCAAUGUUCUACGUAGUGCAUGGUUGAAUAUCGUACUGUUCAAACUCGUACAUUAGUGUCGGGUUUCGCAAAUACUUACUCGGGACUUAUUAAUAAAUAAAAGAGCCCAACAUUAUCUAUAUAAGUGAUCGAAGGAUUAAAGAAGAAUACAAAUGCCUAUAACCCCAUCUUUGGCAUUUUGGUGUGUGUGGGAGUUUGUCCCACACGAAAGAGAUUCACAAUUGUUUAAAAAAAUUGCACAAAUCCGAGAUGAAAUACUCUCCAAAUUCCAGGACAUCCCGAGUGCUAUACUUGGCUUAAAUGCUUUUCAGAUGAAUGGUAAGCUUGUAUCCUCCAAAGUUUAUGAUUUGCUUAGGCCUAGGGCUGCCACCCGUGUGUGGAUGCCGUUUAUUUGGAAAGAUUACAUCCCUCCCAAGUUUUCCUUUGUUACUUGGCUGGCAUUCCGUAACAGAUUAGCCACGUGUGAUAAUCUUCAUAGAUUAGAUGUGGAUAAUACUUGUGUAUUGUGCAAGGGUGGACCGGAAACGGUUCCACACCUCUACUUUGAAUGCCCUUUUUCAGGAAAAGUUUGGGCUAUGAUGAAAGCAUGGAUUGGCAUUCCACGAAUGAUGGGGACCCUAGCUAGUGCGGUCAAAUGGAUCAAGAAGGAAAGGAGUGGAGCUAAUGUACGAGCCAAGGCCGCCAGGAUUGCUUUCUUGUGCACCAUAUACUCGCUUUGGAGAGUCAGGAAUGCAGCUCGAUUUGAUGAUUUUUUGCCAAAGGAGGAGGAAGUUUUUGCCAGAAUACAAUAUGUUGUCUAUAAAAUUCUGUAUUGCAUCUAUCCUUAUGAUUUGGUAGUACUUUGAUAACUUUCCGCCCAUCACCUAUUUUUGUUUGUGAUAGGCCGUGAGGUAGUAUAGGGGGGGCUGCCAUGGCACCCUUAUUUUGGCAGGUGAUGGGUUAUCCAAUCUUUGGAUAGCCUACAGUUUUGCUCAUAUUCUUUGCUGUACAGACGAACUAUUGACGGUUUUUUCUAAUAUACUUACAUGUUAUCGUUGAGCUAAAUAAUGGGAGUAGGAUUUUCCUUCUAUAACAUCCAUCAAGUAAAUUAUUGGGAUGAGCCUACACAUAUUGGAGGUCAAUAAUGUGAUUUAGGAAGUUGACUUGUUCUAAAUAAAUUAGGAUGAGUACAAAAAGACAUCUUUGACAAAGAUAAAACAAUAGGACCCAUCUUCCCAUUUUUUGGAAGUAUUGGUAGAUAUUUUGGACCCCAAAUUGAUUGGGAUUAAUUGGGGGGCAUCCCAUGUGGCUUGAGUACCUGCAAGACAAGGAAAAUAUGUGAGGAGACUCACCUUGGCCGCACCACAUGGAGAAGCAUUGCCCAUGACACAAUUGGGAUCAAAUUUUGGGGCCACCACCACUGUUUUCGCACAAACAAGUGUGCUGUUUUGUCUCCCUUCAUUUUGAGAGUUGUACUCGUCCAAAUGGGGUGUAUAAGGUGUCUUUGGAUAGCUUUUGAAGUCUAUUUUCAUAUUUGAGUGGCCACAGUUCGAGAGGAGAGAGCAAUCAUCCAAAAAUCGAUCUGGAACGAGCAGAGGUCUGUGAACUCGAGCUGUGAGAGUGCUGAGACUGUUUGGUCGAUAUCUCGAGUUUCACCAAUCCAAUUAAGGCGUGUGAGAUACCAAAAGAAAGCUCUCAAGACGAGGAAUCCGUGAAGGUCUGGUUUGCAUCAAUCGGAGUAGAGGAAGGCUUCCAAAUCGUCCGAACAGAACGCGACCUCGCAGGAACGGAUUUACUCUUCUAAGAAACGAGUUGGCCGGAAAACACCCAUUCUAGGGGCUGUUUUCGUACCAACGUUUAGGGGUUGAGCUAGCACCUUGAAGAGGCUGUUUAACACUCAUAUUUGAGCAAGGAAUCAGUUCCAAAUCCACCUUGACCGAAGCUUUGACCAUUGGACCAAGAAGGGAAAGUUUAAAGCUCAAUUGAGGUUGAGGCUAGAGCUUGCUUCCUGUGCUCGUUGCUCGAGGGAUCAUCUAGGAGCGAAGACUUGGUUCGUGCUUCCUCCAUUCGGAUUUUAAACAUUAAUAAACAUGCUCAUGGAUAUCUUACUAUGGAGCCUGCGUGCUCAUGAAUAGCCCGGUGUGGCCUUUUUGUUUUAAACAAUGUUUUCCGCUGCAUUAUGAAUUACUUAUUAUGUUUGUUUAUGGAUGACUUUUGUGUGAAUGAUAUUCAUGACGCCUUGUAUAAUAUGAAUGUGUUGGACUGCGGUUGAC